AUGACACCAUCUCUAUCUCUACACAUUAAUACACAGAAACUUCCAUCGAACAUAUUUGAAUUAAAACAUGAAGAAUUUUAUGAUUUCAUCGAACAACAUUGUGGUCAUAUUCAAGCAAGAAUUCUUCAAUUACAGCAUAUAAGUGAUGCUAUUACAUUUAUCGAAUGCAAUGAUCCUACAGAAAUAUUUCAAUAUCAUGGUGCAAAGCUUUCUGAUUUAAAGAAUCAAGCAUGUCUUACAUUGAAGAAGCUUUUUGUUAAAAAGCUCGAAGAUGAUGCCAAGAAAGAUAAACAAACAAAACAAAUUUUUGAUACAGCUAUGCAAUCCACCGCAUCAAAUACAACUCAAGGAAAAUCAAUUGAUAUUUUACGAGAUCAUUUAAAUUCAUCAAUUAAGAAAUGGUUUACCAAUCAUCGAGUCGAGUACAAUUUAAAGAAUAAUACCGAUUUAGAAGAAAAUACAGAUUACACAAUAGAAAUUACAAGUACACCGAACGGUAAUCAAUCAGCGAUUAUUGUAUGUCAAUGUGGAACAAAAUCAACUUUGAGUCGUGCAACGAACUCAGGACAUUUCCAGCCUUCGAAUUUCUAUCGACAUCUUGAACGUUGUAAUUGCUCAAUGAUGUUGCAGAAGAAAAAUGAUGAAGACGAUGAAGAUAAUGUUGAUGCACCAACUCAAAGUCAAAUUAGUACAAGUACUGUUGACAAACCUGUUGACUCACCAACUUUAUCAUCACAAACUACAAGAUCAUCCACAAGUACAUCUCGUAAACGAGCUGCACCAAUGGCAACUCGUCAAAGUACCAAGCGACGAAGAAACUAA